UGAGUUUAGACAACGCAUGAAUAUUUGGAAACAAAUGGAUCUUUUCCCCAGCACUUCUUCUCUUUUUGAAUGUCUUUGCCUAACUCCGAGAAUGCUUCCACCCUGGAGAAUGCCAUGCAGCUCAUGAUCCAGACCUUCCAUAAGUACUCUGGAAAUGAGGGGGACAAAUAUACACUGAGCAAGGUUGAGCUCAAAGAAAUGCUUACCAAAGAGCUUGGCAGCUAUCUGGGGAAUGCCCAGGAUAAGGAAGCUGUGGAGAAGAUUAUGGGAGACCUGGAUUCCAACAAUGAUGGAGAGGUAGAUUUUACAGAGUUCAUCAUUUUGGUUGGAGCUCUCACUGUGGCCUGUAACGACUUCUUCCUGGAGUACAAUGACAAGCAAGAGAAGAAGAAGUGAACACACCCUUCGCCCAGAGUCUCCACUUAAAAAUCCCACAUGUUCCAGGGAGGAAGCACUUAAGGAGAGAGAGAAGGCCCAUUUGGGACAUCCUGUCAUGGACCUCAUGUUCACAAACACACAG